AUGCUUAUAAAUGGUUAUGACUCUAUAGAUGAUCUAGAAGAUUAAGUUUUAAAUUUAAUGUUACAAAGUGAUUAAUUUGAAAAACAAAUUAAAGACCACUUGGAGUACUACUAAUCAAGUAACGUAUCUACAAUAGUAAGUAAUUUUAAUACAUCUUUUGCAAAAAUUUAAUAAUUUUCAGAAAACACUCCUAACUUUUUUGGAUAUAAAAAAGAACAUUUCUAAAAUAUUUCUUCUUUAAAUGAACUUAUUCCUGAUUAUAUUAGUAUUUGGCAUGAUAAAUUUAUCUUAAGAUUAAUUGAAACAGGAAAAACUAAAAUUAUGAGAAAAUAUAGAAACAUUGUUGCUAAAUGUAAUGGUAUAUUUAUUAUAUUGUUAUUAUUUUGA